GAAAAUAACGCAACUGAAGCAAACUUCGCUUCAGACAUCAUUCGACACAUGGCUAGAAGACAGCAUAACAGCUCCUCCCGGGUCUACAGUAACAGUCAGAGGUGGUUCACAGCCCGAAGAGCUGCUUUUUAUUAACCCGAGCUGGUUUUAAAGAGAGCGUCGAGUUUCGACCCAGGAAAGAAGUCACAUACCGGAAAUUAUUCGGUUUGGAAAGAAUUCAGCGACACGAAGGCGGAGUUGAUGGUCGUUAAAGACUCCUCACAUGCGAUGAAAGACAUGGAUGUUUUCAACGGGACCCCUGAGCGAGGACCGAAUGACUUCGAUCUCAUUGAAGAGAUCAUCACAGCGGACGAAGAAAGGACAGCCUGCCUCCCUGGACCUCCUCCCCCUCCUUCUAGCCUCAUGUGCACGCCACACGGUGUCAACCCCAGGAAGCUCCGACAGAGCUCCUCCCAGCCUGUGCUGGUAGCAAGAAGCACCGCAGUUCAGGCACAGCAAAACUGCACCUUCCCCCAACCCCUGCAGAACUCGUGCACUUCAAGAGAGAUGGCUCAUCCUUCGCGGGGAGCUGCCUCUCCAGGCGGUUCCUCUCGCCGUGGUCGAGGCUACUCCCCGUGCUCGCUUGGCUCCAAGACGUCCAACACUGAGAUGCUGGAGCGGCUUCUACAAAAGCCCAAACUGGUGGUGGUGGAGGAGCCCAAAGAGAGAGGCAUGAGGUUUCGCUAUGAGUGUGAGGGACGCUCAGCCGGCAGCAUCCUGGGGGCGUCCAGCACUGAAACCAACAAGUCUCAGCCUGCCAUAGAGAUUCAAGGUCCGAUUGACCACUUAAAAAAGGUCACAGUCACUGUUUCCUUGGUAACCAAAGACCCGCCGCACAGGCCUCAUCCCCACUGCCUCGUGGGUAAAGACUGUCCAAAUGGUUCAGGAAUCUGUGUGGUCAUGAUCAAUCCUCACAGCAACCGGCGGCACAGCUUUGCUAACCUUGGUAUUCAGUGUGUGAGGAGGAAAGAGCUGGACAUUUCACUUCAGAAGAGAAGAAGCCAAAAUAUUGAUCCUUUUCAAACUGGUGAAUCAAAGGGCAUUGAAGACAUGGACAUGAACGCAGUGCGUCUGUGUUUUCAGUGCGAGCUGGAGUGGGAUGAUGGCAGAAAAGACUGUCUCAACCCAGUGGUGUCCAACCCCAUCUAUGACAAGAAGGCCACGACAACGUCUCAGCUGAAGAUCAGCUGUUUGAACCAGAACAGGGGUCCCUGCACCGGCAAGACGGAGAUCUACAUGCUUUGUGACAAAGUGCAGAAAGAUGACAUCGAAAUCAUCUUCAGGCGAGGGUCAUGGAAGGCGAAUGGGGAGUUUGCCCAGACAGACGUUCACCGGCAGAUUGCUAUCGUGUUUAAGACUCCGCCCUACCAGGACCAGGACAUCACAGAGGAGGUGGAGGUCAGCGUCUCCCUGCGUCGGCUCUCAGACCAGAUGGAGAGCGAGCCUGUCAACUUCACGUACCUGCCACACAACCCAGAUCCAUAUGAGGUGAAGCGGAAGAGAAAGAUAAAAUCAGAGAUCAACUUCAGAGAGAAACCUUGUGUGACAGCAGAAAGUGCACCUGCAGCAGAGCAGCCCUUCCACUUCCAACCGCCUCAGACCACGUCUCCAGACGAAAGGCUUUGUGCUGCCCAGCCUGGGACGGCCGCUUUAGCGGAAAUGUGUUACAACGAGUUCCAGGACUCAAUCAGUGGCAACGAUGCGAUGGCCAUCAUUAAUCAGCUGAUGGAGGAAAUACCCGCGCCGCUUUGGGACGUGAUCUCUGACCCGAGCUUCUCCUUGCCCAUGUCCUCCAGCUUUGAACACGGGCCGGAGGGCAACGCCACGUUUGUCAACAUGGACAUGAACUUUAACCAGAACUUGUACACUCAGGACAUUUCCCAUUACAACGACAUGCAGUUCAGCAUGCUCGUCAAUGAGAGUCAGACUUCCCAGUCAGAGGCACAGGACAGCUCCUUCAAUGCGGUUCAGGUGAAGACAGAAGAAGAACUAUGAGGAUGGGCCAGGAUCACGUAGCGCUUUCACACAUUCUCUCUGUCCACUUUAAAAGAAUAAUUAAACAUUCUGGGAAAACAUGUUCAUGACCUUUUCUCCUGUUUCCAGUCUUGUGCCACCUGCUAGCUUCAGCUUCGUAUUCUGCACGCAGACGUGAAAGUGGUGUCGAUCUUCUCCUAAAACACCAGACAAGAAAGCAAAUCAGUGGAUUUCCCAAAAUGUUGAACUUCAGGAGUUAGAGCUAAACAAGAUUAUGUUGUCUACUCACUAACCCCGUGUCUUUAUCUUUGUCUACAGGCCUUGCUGGUCAAGGCUUUAGCAACCAGGAUCAGGUUGACAUUCCUAAAUAUUAAAAUGCUGCUAGCAUUAAUCUUAAGGUCAGAAGAAGGUGAUUCUCAUGGUACUGUAGAACCGUAGAAACCUUUUAAGAAAUUGCUCUGUAUUGUAGUCAAUCAUUGACGCGCUAAGACUGAAAUCCCUGUUAUGUAAUGUUUGUGUCGUCUGUUUUGUUUGCUUCAGUAUGAUUUUGAGGAAACGACAUGACUUCCUACUAGAUGCUGUUGGCAGUGUGAAAGAAAUGUAGUCUGAAAACCCAAAGUUUCAAGUAGAUUUUCCACAUUGUUCUGUUGUUACUCUCUUUUGAUGUGGCUCUCACCCCAGCUGGCUUGUUUAAUAUUUAAUCGAUAGAAACUAGCUUUGCUUGUAUUCGUAGGUCCGUCUGUGUCAGUCUCUUUUGUUCUGCAGUUUCACUCUCGUGCCAGACAUUCGAAUUUCCACUCACAGCUUGUCACAAGUCCAGCUCCACCCCCUUUUUGCUGUAGCACUGUAGUGUCAAUAUUUCCGCAAAGAGACAAAAAUAAAAUGGUAUUUUUGUCAUGUCUCA